CCAGACGGGCGGUUCGUGUUCCCGGCCGGGCUCUGUUCGCUGCUGCACCGAGUCCAUCGAUCUCCGGAAGCCGCCCGGGACCGGCCGCCGCAGGGUGAGGCCGGGCCGGAGCCUCCGGAUCUGACUCGGACCGGCCGGGGAGCCUGCCAUGAAGGUGCCAGUCAGCGUGACCCGCCUGCCCCGUGGGCCGGAUGGCACAAGCCGCGGCUUUGACCCCAACUCCCCUCGGUACCAGGCUCUGAGCCCCAUCAGCAUCUCCACUGUGGGCUGUGGGAACGAGGCGGAUCUGGAGCGGGAGCAGCAGGGCCGCGUGGCUCUGCGGGAGCGGUACCUGCGCAGCCUGUUUGCCAUGGUUGGCCGCACCAUCCACUUCACAAUGUACGAGAGAGUCAAUGUCUCGGCCUUCUUCGACGCCUCAGACAUAGACAUCUUGAACUUCCAGGUGUCCGACCUGCAGACCCCGCUGGGCGUGCACAGGGAGGCGCUGCUCCGCUGCUCGGACAUCAUCUCCUACACCUUCGAGCUGUGACUGCCACAGGCACCCUGCCCCCCACCUGUCCUGCUUUCUAAUAAAAACACGCUCGGGUACA